AAACCUUCACCACCUAAUACGCAGCUGGAGCUGCUGUCACUUGCAACCCUUUCUUGGUGGCUCUGGCUGGAGUUUUCAAGGACCACCCUAGGAUUUACCACAAUUUCUCAUAUUUAUCUGAAAAGCAGACUGGACUACAACCUCUCACCAAUUUUAGCCUUUCCCAUUCUGGAGACAGUUUUCUGCAGAUCACCCCAUCUCUGUGUGCACUGAAGACCCAUUGCUGAGGACCGCUCUAAAGAGUCUCAUCCUCCUCCCACACAACAUUCUCCUCAUCAGACGUCCCUUCCAUCAUCCUCUGACUCUCAACAGCAGCAGAGCAUUUCACGCAAACAUGCUGCUGCUGGCAGUGCUGCUGGCCACAGCUGCUUGGUCUUGUGGAUUUGCACAAGAAAUUCCCAUACAGAGCCCUAUAUCCAUUACUAAGCUCAAAAAAAGUGCACAGAUGAUAUGUGAAAUUCAAGCGUUAGGGGGGAAUUUUGAUGGCAUCAUACACUGGUAUCAACAGAAGGAAGACAAAGCCCCAGAGAGGCUACUGUUCUUUUCAGGAGGGAAAAUGGUUGUUGAUACCGGCUUUCAAGCAAACAGGUACUUGGUUGAAAAGGUUCCUGACCAGAACCAGUAUGUUCUUACAAUAAAAGAUGUCAUUCCAAAUGAUGCUGCAACUUACUACUGUGCCUACUGGGAUACUCACUGUGAUAUUGGCUAUUACAACAAGGUAUUUGGCUCCGGUACAAAACUCAUUGUGUCAGACAAAGGAAGCUCUGCUCCAGUAAAGUCUGAAAUCCUGAAGAAGAAACAUGAAAAUCUGAUAACGUAUGUUUGCCUUAUUGAGAAAUUCUACCCGGAAGUUAUUCGGGUGACAUGGACCGAUGGAGAAAAAGAGAUAACAGACAAUGUGGGAAAAGGAGAUGCCUGGAAGCCUGCAAAAGAGGAGGAAUACUCAAUCGGCAGCUGGUUAACUAUACCAGCGGAGAACAAAAACAAGAACUACUACUGCAAAUAUGAGCAUGAAAGCCAACAACGUUCACUGCCGACAAAAGAUUCUACAGAGACUUCUCGGGAAGAGGACUGCAGCACAUAUCCUGGGAACGGCACUGUUUUUAACAGAGAUCACUUAAUGCACAGGACAGCAUAUUUAGUGUAUAUUGUCCUUCUUCUGAAGAGCUCCAUGUACUAUCUCAUCGUACUCUUCUUCAUCUACAGAAUGUGGGCUUCAACCAAGCACCAAGGAAAGAAAGCAUAAAUGCUGAUUUAGGAAAGCCUUACAAGUUCAUCUUCAAUUGGCUUUGCUAUGUGCUUAUCCAUAUAGACUCCCCUGCUCUCAGUGUUAGAUGUAACAACAACAAAAAAAAUCCCCAAAUAAUUUUCUGGCAUUAAUGCAUAGGUCUUGUUUUUGCUUCACUGCUAGAGUUUUUGUAUCUGUCUGGUUUUCCUGAUUUUUCUGAAUAUUGAACUGAGAUGGGCAAUAGCAGUUAAGUUACACACCUUGUAUUUUAAUCCAAAGUCCAUAUUGCUGGACAGGGUGCUGUGCCAUCUUGUCUAGACCACGUUUUUGCCAAGAAAGGCUGGACAUGAUGAUCCUUGUGGUGCCUUCCAACCUGGUAUUGUAUGCUUUUGUGACUGCAAAAUGAAGAAGGUACUCAUGUUAAUAGUAGAUAUGCACACAGAGAUUUAGAGUUGUAACAGGGCUUUUGACAUAUAAAGAACAGAUGCAUUUUCUUAUUGCACUUAAGGAUUAAUUAGGAACAUUCCUGUGCUGUUAAUUCACAGGUAUUUGUUAAUUUUUACUUCUGAUGAUUUAUUGCAACUCUCAUGUAUCCACCAAAUCAGGACUUAAAUAUUUUGAAGUGAAGUGUGCUUUAAGUCAAUUAAACACAAUUUUUCAAAGUCAACAGAAUAUCUUUGGUUGAAGAAGUUAGACAAGCAUAAAAGUAAUUCUAAGGUGCACAAGCACAGAAAUGGAAGAAAUCCAGCAGGCUUUGCACCAACCCUGUGACACAUACUGAAAACCUGCACAUUGUAUUUUUAAGGAAGAAAACUAUUGUAGUGAUCACAAACAUCAUCUUGUUUAGAGAUACCUUUUAAGUUGAGCAAAAGCUUAAAUCUGAAGCUUUGAUAGAUAACGUGUUUUCACAAUAGAGGAAAAAUUCUCAGGUGUUGGACUUUGUACUCUACAUCUUCAUUUCUGUGGGAAAAUCAGAAGUAGAUAUUGGGGUAAAGCAUUUGCUCACUUUGGGACAAAGCACAACAACAAGUUUGCAGAUAAGCGCCUGCAGCAUUUACACUCACUGUAUCUGUAAUGAUGUAGGGGGCAAUAAAAGCUUUCCUUCAGG